AUGGAAGCCACAUUCAAGCCAGGAUUUUUAAAAGGAAAAAUUGUUUUAAUAACAGGUGGAGCUACUGGUAUUUGCUAUGGUAUUGCUUUAGGCUUUUUAAAGUAUGGUGCUAGAGUUUGCAUCAUGAGCAGAAAGCUUCCAAAUAUUUAAGCAGCUAUUGAGAGUUUAAAAAAAGAAUCAGGAUCAUCUGAAAUAUAUGGAACUACAUGCGACGUUAGAAAGUUAGAAGAUAUUGAAAAAGCAGUUGAUUAUUUUAUUGAGAAAGUUGGUAAAAUAGAUGUCCUUAUUAAUGGAGCUGCAGGAAAUUUCUUAGUGCCAUUUGAAAGUAUGAGUGCAAACGCCUUCAAAACUGUUAUUGAAAUUGAUUUAUAAGGAACUUUCCUAGUAACUAAAGUUGUACAUGCAAAAUGUUUGAAAGGUAGAGGAGGAAGUAUUAUUAACAUAAGUUCUACACUUUAAGUCUGUGGUGUAGCUCUAUAAACUCAUGCAGGUGCUGCUAAAGCCGCUAUUGAUGCUAUUACUAGACAUUUAGCUGUAGAAUUAGGAAGCCAAGGUAUCCGUGUUAAUGGUAUUGCCCCAGGUGCUAUUGAUGGAACUGCAGGCUUUGAAAAAUUAACUCCUGAAGGCGGUUUAAGCAUAUCAAUGAAGGAAACUAUUCCUUUAAAUAGAUUAGGUAAGAAAAGCGAUAUUGCUGAAUGUGCUAUGUUCUUAGCUUCAGAUGCAGCCAGUUACAUUUCUGGAUAAACAAUUAUUGUUGAUGGAGGAGCAGUUUUAACAUUCCCUAACUUUACUCUACUUUCACCUCAAGUCCGCAAGCUUUUAAAUCCAAGCCUUUGA